AAAAAAAAAAGAAAAAGCCCGGUCAUCAAAUUGUUCAUGCUUGUUUUUAUUGUACUCAGUUGAAUGGGCUAGGCUGUUCCAUGUUUAGUAUUGAUGUGCUGAGGCCCAUUGAUGACGGAUCUUGCAUAUAAAAGAGGUCACUUAAUCCCUUUUUUUUAAAAAAAAAUUUUCCUUUUUUCUUUACUUCCAAUUUUCAUUAAUAUCGCCUUCAACACUACUCAUUCUAUACUUCACAUUAAAAUAACAAAAGAACUCAAGCGGUCAACCAACAUUGCUAUCGAUGCCAUCAAGACAUUUAUCACCCAUGUUUACACAUCUUCAUAGAAAAGUUUCUGAUCUUGUUCAUGGCCGUAAGCAGGAUGACGAUGCUGCCCAUGAUGGUGAUGUUCAAGACGCCAACUUGGUUCCCACUGAUGAUCCAGUUGCAAAUGCUAAUCCUUCCAACAAUUGGGACUAUACCAUCGUUUUUCGGGGCGCCAAGGAUCUACUUCGAGGCGACCUGUUAAGUUCUGAUCCUUUUCUCGAGGCAUACCUUGGACCACCAGAGGAUAAAGAGUCGCUUUCGUUUGUCACUGGUGUCCAAUGGUCGACUUUGAAUCCAACUUGGGAUGCAACUUGGCAUCUGUUGAAUGUUACAGAUGGUAUGCCGCUUCAGAUCUUGGUGAAAGACAAGAACAAGAUGGCAGCCGAUACUGAUCUUGGCAGAGCAGAACUGAUCCUCGGAUCCAAACUCGAAGGGACACGGGAACAUGUGCUUGAUAUCUGGCAAUCUGAUGACCGCAAGCAUGGUCAAGUUUUGAUACAGACGAUUGCUUCCCGAAGUGUUGGAAACUCUGCAGCUCUGGAGAAAGCAUCCACUAGAGGCCCAGCUCGUUUCUCUCGCCACACCAGUUAUGCUGCCGGUGUUUUGACACGGGAAAAGGCUUUUGAGUUCUACACCUACCGAGUUCGUCUUUAUCAUCUCUUUGAAGUCUUUGGAAAUGAUCCUCGGUUUUACCAACACUGGAACACGGAAUAUGAUGCUGCCAAGCGCAUCUUUGCAGACUCAUUGGAGGGCCUUAACAUCCGCAACGCAUUGCAUUCUCAACACUCAUACCUCUACCGUCACAGUCGCACGACUCUCUAUGAUCAAUUGGAGACAGCAGAUCAUUUGGGUCAACUUUUGCAUGGCGACCGCUUGAAAAAGGAUCAAAAUCUGGACUUGAAGACGAUCGUGUUUACAUAUUCGAUUGUUCCAAAGGGCCUCUACUUUUCAGAAACGGGCACUGCUUUUUUCCAAGACUUCAUGUCCAAGCAUGCUAUGCACGCUAAUCGAGCCACAGAGGUGAUGUAUUCUGGAGAGUUCCGUCUGUUCAGAGAUCCGGACCAUAAUGAUGAUUGGACUCUAUUGAUUGAUAACAACUCUGGUACAUAUGGUCCUAAAAAGGAAGAGUUGUGGAAGGUACAGAGGGUCUUUGAGUUAAACUUCCCAGACUUGGUGGUCAGGGCUGUAGAUAGAGAGGAUCCCUAUCUUCUGGAGAUCAAGGAGGCGACCAAGCAAGCUGAAGCUAUGCAGGCAUCUCAACAGUCUCAAAGGUGGACACUUUUCGGUGGUAUUAACAGCAAAACCGAAGAAACGAUGCCACCAGCUGAGCAUGUAUGCGAGGUGUAA